AUGCCCCGAGCCCGGGACGAAAUGCAAGUAAACGUGGCGGGCCUAAGGAGAAAUAUUAAAAACCUCGCGCACAAUUAUUCCGAUGCCCAGGUAAAAGUGCGCGAGGCAACGUCAAACGAUCCAUGGGGCCCAUCCAGCACUCUGAUGGCGGAGAUCGCCGACCUCACGUACAACGUGAUGGCGUUCACCGAAAUCAUGCAGAUGAUAUGGAAGAGAUUAAACGACCACGGCAAGAACUGGCGGCACGUGUACAAAGCUCUGGUCCUCAUGGAGUAUCUCAUCAAGACCGGUAGCGAAAAGGUUGCCUUGCAAUGCAGGGAGAAUAUAUACGCGAUAGACACAUUGAAGGAUUUCCAGUAUAUGGAGGAAGGGAAGGAUCAAGGUCUAAAUGUGCGAGAGAAGGCGAAACAGCUGGCCAACCUUCUCAAGGACGACGAGCGUCUAAAGAACGAACGAGCCCGAGCGCUUAAAGCGAAACAGCGCUUCGCCCAAAGCGCCAGCGCCUUCGGCAGCGACGGGGCUCUGGACACGCCCUCAAGCCCUACUUAUCCGGCAGUGAGUGUCGCUGAUUUACAACUGAGCAGCUCGCCGGGGUCGUGGUCGGGGCGCGAGGCGGAGCUGGCGCGGCCGCUGACGGCGGGCGAGGAGGAGCUGCAGCUGCAGCUGGCGCUGGCCAUGUCGCGCGAGGAGGCGGAGCGCGAGGAGCGCCGCCGCCGCUCCGACGACGUGCGCCUGCAGCUCGCCAUCAGCCAGUCGCAGAAUGACUUCCAAACUACCGGUGUCGAGAAGAAGCCCGAGCAGCAGUCCCACCUCCUGGACCUGCUCGACGUGAACCUGUCGCCGGCGGGGCCCCCCGCGCACCCCCCGCACCCGCCGCACGCGCCGCACUCGCUCGACCCCUGGGGGCUGCCGUCGCCCCCCGCGCACGCGCCCGCCCUGCAGAAACAGACUUUGCGUUUGGAUUUCCGUCCGAUCGGGGACUCUAUGGACACGUCCCCGGACGCGUGGUCGUCGGCGGCGAGCCCGGCGCGCGACCCCUGGGCGCCCGCCGCCGCCGCGCCCGCCGACCCCUGGGCGCCCGUCUCGCAGUUGCAAUUGCAAAGUAAGUCGCCGGUGUCGAUCCUGUCGUCGCCCUCGUCGUCGGAGCUGGAGCAGUUCGACGCGCUCUCGCAGCGACGCAACAACAACCCGGAGGCGGAUCCCUUCGAUUUGUCCACUUUGGGCGACAGCCUGGCCCCGAAGGCGGCGUCGCCGGCGGCGGGCGCGGGAGUGGGCGCCGUGAAGAAGUCCCCGUCCGCGUUCCUCGGCGAGAACUCGUCGCUGGUGAACCUGGAGCGCCUGCUGCAGCCCGCGCCGCCCGACCCGCCCGCGCCCAACCCCUUCGCGCACGACCGCGCGCCGCCGCCCGUUAAACUAUCAAUCAAUGAAAUAAAACAACAGCAAAUGGGGCUCAACCAAGGGCUGCCGUUCCCCAACGCGACGCCGGCCUACGCCGCACCGCUGGCCAUGCCGCCGCUCGCGCCCCUAUCGCUGGGGGGCCCCGAGCUUAUGCCCCUGGGUGCGGCGGGGGGCCCGGGCGCGGCCCCCGCGGCCGACCCCUGGGCCCCCGCGCGCGCCACGUCCCCCUGGUCGCCGCCCGCCACGCGACACACGCCUAACCCUUUUCUUUCC